GAUUGCUAACAGUUAUUGCCAUCCUCUAAGCUAUAUUAUCCUAUUUUAUUUUUACAGAUGCCCAGUGCUAUUAAAGAUGAACAAUGCGAAGAACAGUGCAAGCAUUUGCAACUGACGCAAGAUAGUCCCUCGCUACCUGUAUCCUCCACGACUACGCCUUGCAAUGGAACAGAUUCCGUUGUUGCCCAGGGUUCCCCCACUUCCCCACAAAGCCGCAACGAAAACGCGAAGCUACUCGCGAUUGAGAGUAACUUGUUGAGUUUUAUUGGCGGUGAUGUGAGCUCACUCGAGGAUGUCAUUUUGCUCAUCUUCGGGUACGGGUCGAUUCUCUGGAAGAAGAACUUCAACUUCGUCGCGGAGUACGAGGCGUACAUCAGGGGAUAUAAGCGCGUCUUCUACCAGGGCUCACAGGAUCACCGAGGGGUUCCCGGGAAGCCCGGUCGCGUUGUGACCUUGGUUCCAGAUUCCAGCCCCCAAAGUCGCGUCUAUGGGAAGGCCUUUCAACUCCCUUCUAAUACCCAGGAGAUACUGAGUGCGCUGGAUGCCUUGGGUGUUCGUGAAACCGGGUACCAAUGUAUCAAUGUGGAGCUGUUUGACACCCACUUGGCCCUUCGUCACCCUCAAGGAGGGGCCGAAAACGCAGUAGGUCAUAACAACGAGACAAAGUUGGAUAUAUAUUGCCACCGCAAUUUUCCUCAUCAUGAAUCUAAGGACGUCGGGGAUGGAAAACAGAAGAAAAAGAGAGUGGUCUCUCUUUGCUAUAUUGCCACGCAUGACAACGCGGAUUACCUAGGCGAAGCUCCGAUUGAAAGCAUGGCCAAAAACAUCAUUGAAGCUGCUGGUCAGAGCGGAACGAACUUGGAAUAUCUGUUUCGUUUGACCAAAUGCCUUCAAGAGAUGGGCACGACGGAUCUACAUGUUUUCGAGUUGGAUGCAAUGGCGCGGCAACUACUAAAUAGCAAGGAAGCUGCAACCGCUCGGGAAGACUUGAAGUAG